AUGUCAAGAGAGCAAUCUAUCAAUAUUGCUGGCGCUCAAAUACCGGUGACGGCCGCACAUGGUGAUAUCGAUAUUCCGGCGGUACUUCGCUUCCCACCUUUUGUGGAUUGGGUCAAUGCUUUGUCGAAAGAAACACAUGACUUAAAAAAAGAAUUGGAAGUUAAGAAAGUUGAAAUUCAAAAUGUGGACUAUUUUGGACCAAAGCUCGGGUUUGUAAAAUUCAAAGUUGAUGCGCGUUUAACGGAAAAUGGAAAGAAUAUUCCAGGAAUAGUUUUUAUGCGAGGUGGCUCUGUGGCGGUAUUAUUGAUUCUUCGGUCCAAGGAGAAAGACAGUAAUAUCGUAUUAGAACACGCGGUUCUUACAGUUCAACCACGUAUAGCUGUUCCGUCACUUGGAUUCCCGGAAUUACCAGCAGGAAUGCUGGAUGGAUCUGGAAAUUUUGCUGGAAAGGCAAGCGAGGAAAUAAAAGAAGAAAUUGGGCUAGAAAUUAAGGCGCAUGAGCUUAUAGACAUGACUGAAUUAUCUUUUGGUAAAAACUAUCGUGGCGUGUAUCCUUCACCAGGAGGAUGUGAUGAAUUCAUGAGGUUAUGUCUAUACGUUAAAGAAAUGCCUCGUGAACAAGUGCAGGAAUUGGAGGGAAAAUUGGGCGGAUUAAGAGAGCAUGGCGAGAGUAUUACUGUGAAGCUUAUAAAACUGAAUGAUUUAUGGAAAAUACCUGAUAUGAAAGCAUUGUCGGCUUUAACCUUAUAUAAUGAAUUGCGCAGGGAAGGCAAAAUUUGA